GGCCGCUGGGUCUGCACCCGGUCCUGGAGCGCCCCUGGAGACGGCGAACAAAAGAAAGAAAAGCUAAAUAAAAUAAGUAAUCAGAUAAAUGGAUAAACAAAAGCAAACGAGGCACGCUACGUCCUUGACAGUCACAGUGAGGCCGAGGCGGGCUCCGGAGCCGUAUUCAUAAAUGACUCCCCUGGGCCCCAAAGAACGCGGGCCCCGGUUCUGGUGGAGGCGGGAAUCGGGGGGCGGGUGGACCCCCGUGCAUCCAGGGGCUUCCUCCGCCCGGUCUGGCUCGCGCGUCCCGCAGGGUUUGGGAUGGGUGUCUCCCAGGCGACGGGCUCCGCACCAAGAUGGCGGAGGAGAAGGACUCGGAGGGAACAGAGGCAAUAGUUGCAGAUCUUCAUAAGAAGAUCAAAGAUGCAUUUGAAGUGUUUGACCACGAAUCGAAUAAUACAGUAGAUGUGAGAGAGAUUGGGACAAUUAUCAGGUCAUUAGGAUGCUGUCUGACUGAAGGAGAACUGCAUGAUUUCAUUGCAGAGGUAGAGGAAGAUGAACCCACUGGAUACAUUCGAUUUGAAAAGUUUCUUCCAGUGAUGACCAGAGCACUUGUGGAAAGAAAAUACAGACCAAUUCCUGAAGAUGUCCUUUUGCGAGCUUUUGAGGUUUUGGAUCCGGCUAAACGCGGGUUUCUAACCAGGGACGAACUGAUCAAGUACAUGACUGAGGAAGGCGAGCCUUUUUCCCAAGAGGAAAUGGAAGAAAUGCUGUCUGCUGCAAUUGAUCCCGAGUCAAACACCAUUAAUUACAGGGACUACAUAACAAUGAUGGUGAUAGAUGAGAAUUAAAUGCUCCAAAGACGACUUUCUCCUUUUAAGACAACUGUAAACAUUCAAUUUCUAAUUGAAAGGAUAAUUUGAAAAA